CAUCAAAUCCGACAGAACGGUUUCUCAUACACUUCGUCAACAUCCGAUCUUCGAAUCCCAUCAACACACACCCGCAAGCCUUCCUCUCUCUCUCAACCGAACCGAGCGAACACAGCAUAAACACAAUACUCAAGCAAAUCGCCCACCAUGCCAAAAGCAGAAGUCGGCUCAACGAGGUACCUGAACAACAAGCUCAAGAGCAAAGGCCUACAGCGGUUGCGGUGGUACUGCCAGGUUUGCGAGAAGCAGUGCCGCGAUGAGAACGGCUUCAAGAUGCACACGCAGUCCGAGUCGCACGUGCGGCAGAUGCUCGUCGUGGGCGAGGAUCCGAAAAAGUUCCUCAAUGAGUACAGCAACCAGUUCCUUCGCGACUUCACUCAGCUGCUCCGCACGGGUCACGGCGAGAAGCAGGUGCAGAUAAACCACUUCUACCAGGAGUACAUCGCAAAUAAGGAGCACGUGCACAUGAACGCGACGAAAUGGCCCAGUCUGACCGAGUUCGCGAAGCACCUGGGCCGUGAGGGCAUCUGUCGUGUCGAGGAGAACGAAAAGGGUAUUCACAUCUCGUGGAUCGAUAACUCGCCCGAGGCGCUCAAGAGGCAGGAGGCGUUGAGGAGAAAGGAGGCGCAGGAUCGGGGGAACGAGGAGGUUGAGCAGAUGAUGAUCCGGGAACAAAUCAAGAGGGCACAGAAGGCGGCCGAGGCGAGGGGGGGAAAGGCGGAAAACGAAGAAGAGAGGGAGAGGGGACUGCGGAGGGCCGAGGGAGAGAAGAUUUCUCUGUCCUUUGGGGCCAAGCCUACGGCGGCGGCGAAGGAACCGUCAAAGUCUGCCGAGCCCGAGGCCUCGACGACAGCGCCAGGAGACGUGGCAGAAAAGAAGGACGACAAACCUGCCGACAAACAGCCCGAGAAGCCGUCUCUCGGUGGGGGCCUGUCGCUCAAGAUGACGGCGAAACCGCAGACGAAGAACGUCUUCGCUCAGGCCAAGAAGAAUACCCUUUCUGGCGGCGGCAAGAAGACGACUAUCGAGCAGCCUAAGAAGAUGAGCGAAGCCGAAAGGAUCAUGAAGGAAGACAUGGAGAGGCAAGAGAGAAAGCGGCCAAGGGGGGGGUCUGGGUUCGGAGGAUUUUCGUUCAAGAAGCAGAAGAUGGACCAGCAGUGACUUUUGUUGCCUGGUCCUGAUACGAGACAAACAACCGGCGUCUGGGGAACAAGGUGCAUCAUUCAUGCAACAAAGAAUAAUGGGCGGUCAGCAUGGGGCAUUGGGUACACAAUCUUUUU